CCUGCCUCGGCUCAACAGGAGAGGUACGCGCGGCUGUUGCUGGAGCUCCUACGCUCUGCUUGGAUUCUAUCAACGCUGGGGCAGACCAACACUACCUGCUCCGUUUAUUUUUUUGCUAUUUUUCAUUUUUGUUUGGGAUUUUCCCGUCACAUCCAUCCGCCCUGUGUUUUUUAUAGCUUUUAUUAACCAAGUGUCGGUUAACGGGAGAAAACCCUUCAGUCACCUAUUAGCCGGAGCUGGCUAACUGCAACUAGCUUCCUGAGGACAAACGCAUCAUUCCGAGUUAAUCUGUGGUGACUCGUUAGGCGUAAGCCGCUUGGUCAUAGCUGUUUAUCCGUAACUCUGUGACUGUAGUGGUAGCCUUCAGUCGCCACCCAUGACCGCGGCGGUUAGGGCAGCGGUUCUUCUCAGCGGGGGGAUUUUUAGUUAGCCUCGGCGGCGGAGCUUCGGGCUGCUCCGGGGAUGUUGUUGGUAGCGAAACAAGCUAACGUCGGUCGCUCAGUGUGAAGGAGGGGAGUGCUAGAGGAGUGAGGCAACACUCUGUGAGGACUUAAUUUCUCUGGUUUUGAUGUCGCUGGGUAGAACCCGGCAAUCAUUAAAUACUCCCGGGCAGGGGGGAUACAUAUCGGGAACAUAUCGGGAUUAUUUGCCGUGCCUUUAAAGUUGAUUUCGGCCUCCUGUUGUGGAUCAUCGUGGGAAACACAUUAAGUAUUUUGACCCUGGCUUAGUUGGAGAUAUCUCCCCGCCCUCCUGCUGAACCCUCUAAUGCGGAGAUCUCAGUAGCACCGGAAUCCCCCCCUCCACGGCGGCCGGACAUGCUGAAGUGUAUCCCCCUGUGGCGCUGCAAUCGCCACGUCGAGUCCGUGGACAAGCGCCACUGCAACCUGCAGACUGUCCCCGAUGAGAUCUUUCGCUACAGCCGGAGCCUGGAGGAACUUCUCCUGGAUGCCAACCAACUCAAAGAGCUACCCAAGCCUUUCUUCAGACUACUGAACUUACGGAAGCUUGGCUUGAGUGACAAUGAGAUCCAGAGACUCCCUCCUGAAGUGGCUAACUUCAUGCACCUGGUGGAGCUGGACAUCUCCAGAAAUGAUAUCCCUGAGAUCCCUGAGAGCAUCAAGUUCUGUAAGUCAUUGGAGAUUGCAGAUUUCAGUGGAAACCCUCUUUCCAGAUUGCCAGAUGGCUUCACUGAGCUGCGAACACUGGCCCAUCUUUCACUCAACGAUGUGACAUUACAGACAUUACCCAAUGACAUUGGAAAUCUGGGCAAUUUGGUGACCUUAGAGCUCAGGGAGAACCGGUUGAAGUCUCUACCUACGUCACUCUCUUUCCUGGUGAAACUGGAACAGCUGGACCUGGGCAGCAAUGAACUGGAAGUUUUGCCGGACACGCUCGGCGCUCUCCCCAACCUCAGAGAGCUGUGGUUGGACCGUAAUCAGUUGUCUUCAUUACCACCUGAGCUAGGUAACCUUCGGCGACUGGUGUGUCUGGAUGUCUCUGAGAACCACCUGGAGGAGCUUCCAUCAGAGCUAAGCGGCCUCCUGGCUCUCACCGACCUGCUGCUCACGCAGAACCUGCUCGAAGUCAUUCCAAACAGUAUAGGUUCCUUAAAGCAGUUGUCCAUCCUGAAAGUGGACCAGAACCGAUUGACUCAGCUGACGGACUCUUUAGGAGAGUGUGAAAACCUCACAGAGCUUGUUCUGACAGAAAAUCUUUUACAGACGCUUCCUCGCUCGCUGGGCAAGCUGAAGAAGCUGACUAACCUGAAUGUAGACCGGAAUCGGCUUGGCAGCGUUCCCAAAGAACUUGGCGGCUGCACCAGCCUCAACGUCCUCUCGUUGAGAGAUAACCGCCUGAGCAAACUGCCCGCUGAGCUGGCAGACGCCACCGAGCUGCAUGUGCUAGAUGUAGCUGGAAACAGACUACAAAACUUGCCUUUCGCCCUAACAAACCUCAACCUAAAGGCCAUGUGGCUCGCAGAGAACCAGUCCCAGCCCAUGCUCAAGUUCCAGACCGAUGAUGAUGAGCGAACGGGAGAGAAAGUGUUGACCUGCUAUUUGCUCCCCCAACAGCCGUCACCAAGCCUUGAGAACCUUCUGCAGAACAGCGUGGACGACAGCUGGACGGACAGCAAUCUGAACAGAGUGUCCGUCAUUCAGUUCCAGGAGGAGACCAAAGCUGAAGAGGAGGAUGAUGAAGCUGCAGCAGAGCUUAGAGGUCUCCAGCGCAGAGCCACCCCUCAUCCCAGUGAGCUGAAGGUGAUGAAGAAGGGCAUUGAGGACAGGAGGAAUGAGGUCUUCACAUCCAGACCCGAUGGAGAAGAUGAGUCCCUUGACCCACAGGAGAAACGACUGAGUGAUGUUUCAAAUCAGAGCCACGACUCCCAGGUGUCCAACAGCACACUCUCUGCCACGUCACACGAGGACAAACACAAUGUAGUUGCUAACUCACAGAGGGAGGACAUGGUGGAUGGCCAGUCUCCUCAGGAGGAGGAAGACCUGGAUGAGAUGGAGGUGGAGUACAUUGAGCCAACCGUGCACUUUGCAGAAGAACCAAUUAUCCGCGGUGGAGAUGAGGAUGAUGAUGAAGAAGACAGAGAGAAUGGGGAGAGGAGCGACGAAGAGGACGAGAGGCCAGCUUUUCCCCAAGAGAAGCAGCGGCUGAUCAGAAAGGACACACCACACUACAAGAAGCACUUCAAAAUCAACAAGCUGCCCAAACCCGAGGCCGUGGCCGCACUGCUGCAGGGCUUCAGUCCUGAUGGGCUCAACUCCCCGACACAGCCUGCUGAGGAUGAGCAAGAAGAGGAGCAGGAGGGGGCUGAGCUGGCUGUAGGCACCCCUCAGCACCAUCACAGAAUAGAAGAGCUGGACGACAUCCGGCAUCAGGGCAGCUCCAGCCAAGUCAAGGGGGUGUCAUUUGAUCAAGUCAAUAAUCUGCUGAUUGAACCUGCUCGAAUUGAGGAGGAAGAGCACUCUCUGACCAUUGUGCGACAAUCUGGUGGACUUGGUAUCAGCAUAGCAGGAGGAAAAGGAUCUACACCUUACAAGGGAGAUGAUGAGGGAAUCUUCAUCUCCAGAGUAUCUGAGGACGGUCCUGCUGCAAGAGCAGGAGUGAAAGUGGGAGAUAAGCUUCUAGAGGUGAACGGCGUAGACCUUCAUGAAGCAGAGCAUCACACAGCAGUUGAAGCUCUCCGUAGCUCCGGUGCGACGGUUUCCAUGACAGUACUGCGGGAGCGCAUGGUGGAGCCCGAGAACGCCAUCACCACCACACCGCUGAGGCCAGAGGACGACUACUUCCCGCGGGAGAGAAGGAGCAGCGGCCUCGCCUUCAACUUGGAGGGCAGUCCCAGCGGCACCCGGCAGACUUUCUCCACCUGCCUGAUCCGGAAUGACAAGGGCCUUGGAUUCAGUAUCGCAGGAGGCAAAGGCUCAACACCGUAUCGUACAGGGGACACGGGCAUCUACAUUUCUAGAAUCGCCGAGGGAGGAGCCGCACACAGAGACAGCACGCUGCGUGUCGGAGACAGGGUUCUCUCCAUCAAUGGUGUAGACAUGACAGAAGCCAGGCAUGACCAGGCAGUAACGCUCCUUACCGGCACCUCCCCCACCAUCACACUGCUGGUAGAGAGAGACCCAAGCGCACCGGGAGGCUCUCCAGGUCAAAACCGGGCACGAGCCCACUCCCCUCCACCCCCGGAGCCCUCAGCCUCUCCUGACCAAGAUGAGGAAGGCCUUCAAGGGAACGUGGGAAAGAUUGACGACGAGUAUCCAAUUGAGGAGGUGACCUUAGUGAAGUCAGGCGGCCCUCUUGGACUGAGCAUCGUUGGAGGCAGUGACCAUGCCAGUCACCCCUUUGGCAUCAAUGAACCUGGGGUCUUCAUCUCUAAGGUGAUUCCUCACGGUUUGGCUUGUAAAAGUGGCCUUCGAGUCGGCGACCGCAUAUUAGAGGUUAACUCCAUCGACCUGCGACAUGCCACGCACCAGGAAGCGGUGCGGGCCCUCCUGGCCAACAAACAGGAGAUCCGCAUGUUGGUUCGGAGGGAUCCUUCCCCACCUGGGAUGCAGGAGGUUUUGAUCCAGAAACAGUCAGGGGAGAAGCUUGGCAUCAGCAUUCGUGGAGGAGCAAAAGGUCAUGCUGGAAACCCCUUCGACCCCACAGAUGAGGGCAUCUUUAUCUCAAAAGUGAGUUCGACUGGAGCAGCGGCCAGGGAUGGAAGGCUGCAGGUCGGCAUGCGUAUCCUGGAGGUGAACAACCACAGCUUGCUGGGAAUGACCCACACAGAGGCAGUGAGAGUCCUUCGUGCUGUCGGGGACUCCCUGGUCAUGCUGGUGUGUGAUGGAUUCGACCCGCGUAAGGUCACUGCUGUCGAGGCGUCUCCAGGGAUCAUUGCCAACCCGUUUGCAACAGGCAUCGUGCGCAAGAACAGUAUGGAGAGCAUCUCUUCUAUAGACCGGGAUCUGAGCCCAGAGGAGAUGGAAAUCAUACAGAAGGAGUCUGAGAUGGUCAGAGAGACCUCGCAGUGGGAGCGAGAAGAGAUGGAGAAAGUGGAGCGUAUGCGUUUGGAGCGUGAGGAGGCAACUCGCCUGCUAGAAGAGGAGACGGAGAACAUUGGCGGUGGACCUUUAAAACUUGACUACAAAACCCUGGCUGCACUCCCCACCACCAGCCUGCAAAAAGUCAACAAAACACCUUCUGAUUACACCAGAACAGACAGUCCUGUCAGGGAAGCACCAUAUUCUCCCACCAUCCAGCCGCCCAGCCACCACUCCUCCAACAGCUCCCUGUGUGCAGGCAGGGAGACCCGCUUUGCAAACAUUCAUUACACUGCCACUCCCACUGCUAAGGACAGCACCUCAUCAUCAGUGAGUGUCAGUAGGAAAGAACAGCGGAUUACCUUUGAAACUAAAUUUCAAUUAGAAAAAACAUUUAUGGAAAACGACCCUGGUUUGAAUAGCUCAAGAAUCUCCUGUGUAGGUGCUUAGACCCAUAAAGACAACAGCGUAACAUUUCCAAGGUGCAUUAUAGACCAUAACAAAAUGAAACCUUGAUUCAAUUUAAUAAGGGAAAAGAAAAUGGUGAGGGUCCAAAAACUCACAUUGAUAAGCAGAUAAGGUUGUAAAACCGCCUUUUUUAUCAGAUUUCAGGAUUUAUCUGAUUAUAUUUUGUAUUUUCUUUAGUUGUGUUGAUUAGUUAAAGUAAUUUUAAAGAGAUUUGAGAAAGAAUUAGAAUCUAUUUUAACCGAGGAAUCAAUCAGAAGAGUACUAUAG